AAGUGUACGCUGGAUGCAGUGUAACCGAAAUUCUGUGAACAGUUUUUGAAUUUCAGUCGUUAAGUUGGCGAGUGUGUUUGGGUGUAACAGCGACCGGUGAAUUUGGUACGUACCAAAAAGGGCAACAUCUUCAAGGCUCUCCCCCUGGUGUAUCUGGUCUCAAGGUCGACUGAAGAGACGCUCACUCGACGGAUAGCUAGUGGCGUGUUAACACACCUCAUACCGGACCCACGUAAUUUACAUCGCUGAAAAGAGCUGAGUGCUUGUUAAUAGCUAGAGACAGGAAGAAAUGCCGUCUCAACACGGUCCCCAGAUACGUGACAACACCGACGGCUCGAUUGUGGUCCAGUACCAGCCUCAGGUCGCCGGCAGACAUGAGGUUAAUAUCAACCACUCCGAUUCGCCAGUCCCAGGCACGCCGUUUUGCUGUAUUGUGGACAGCGUGGAUGGCGGCUUCGUGACGGCUUACGGCCAGGGCUUGGCCGUGGCCAUGAGUGGAGAGAAGACACAGUUCACAGUCGUCACAAAAGGAGGCUCAGCAAAGAACCUUGAUGUAUAUAUUGACGGUCCGAUGAAGAUCCAGCCGGACAGGGAGGACAGGCCUGACGGCUCCUCUAUUAUCUCGUACAUGCCUAUGACACCCGGAGCCUACAACAUCUCAGUAAAGUUCAGGGGCAAACACAUCAAAGGCUCACCAUUCGCCGCCAAAGUGUCCGGUGAGGGAAGGAAGCGCUCCCAGUUCUCUGUGCCCGAGACAGCCGAGUACAGCCUGGGGGUGAUGGAGCCAGACAUUGUAAGCCUGGUAGGAAACGUUAAAACACCAUCUGGCAACGUAGACCCCUGCCUCCUGAAGAAACUGGCGAACGGAAACCUGGGUAUUGCCUCUUUCACUCCCCGGGAACGGGGUCGCUAUGAGGUCAGUGUCUUAAGGGAUGACCGCCCCAUUAAGGGCAGUCCUUUCAGAGUGGAUGUGGGUGAGAAGGACAUUGCGCAUGCCAGUAAAGUUAAGGUGACCGGAAAAGCUCUGCGAGAAGGAACCGCCAACAGCGCCAAUGUUCUCACCAUUGACGCCUCUCAAGCAGGUUACGGCGGUCUGAGCGUGGUUGUAGAAGGGCCUCACAGAUCAGACAUUACCCUAAAUGAUAUCACCGACAAAGUGGCUAACGUCAAGUACAGUCCCCAUGAGCCUGGCAUUUAUAUUCUCAACAUCCGGUUUGCUGAUGAACACAUACCAGGCAGCCCUUAUCUGGUGGAUAUCGGGGGACAGCCUUCGGGUCGAGUGAGAGAGUGUGGAACAAAACACGUGAACGCUGCAGAAAUUGUAGGACCCAACAGCAACUGUGAAUUGCUCCUCAAAUUGCCUGGUACUAAUCCGUUUGACAUGGAGGCCUCUUUGACAGACCCCUCCGGAUCCACUGAGGUGGUUGAGGUGGUUGAUGAGGAUGACUUCCAUUACAUCAUCCGCUUCCAGCCCAAGGUCAAGGGCACGCAUACAAUCAGCGUCAAACACAAGAGCAUGCACGUUUCAGGUAGCCCUUUCCAAUAUACGGUUGGUUCCAUGGUUGCCAGUGGCCACCACAAAGUGCAGGUGGGCGGCACCGGUCUGGAGAGAGGAGAGGUGGGAAUAAACAAUGACUUCAAUGUGUACACCCGGGAAGCCGGUUCCGGAGAGUUGUCCAUAGCUAUUGAAGGUCCGUCCAAAGCCAAAGUCAGCUUCGAGGAACGCUCCAACGGCAUGACAGGGGUCAGCUACGUGGUGGACAAACCAGGGAAAUAUGGAAUACAUGUCAAAUUCAACGAUGAGCAUAUUCCCAACUCUCCCUUCAUUGUGAAUGUAGCACCUGACAGUGGUGCCGUCCGUAAAGUCACCAUUCAUUCACUGAGAGACAAGGGUUUGGAGCCCAACAAGCCUGCCACAUUUAGCGUUAACUUGAACGGAGCUAAGGGUGAACUUCAUGCCACGAUCUUCUGUCCAAGCGGCGCUCACGAGGACUGCUUCAUCCAGGAGAUGGACACAGACGUGUACGGUCUGAGGUUUGUACCCAAAGAGAAGGGAGUUCACUACGUCCACAUCAUGCUCAAUGAUACCCACAUCCCGGAGAGUCCCUACGCCAUGAUGGUCGGAUCCCUAGCCGCUGACCCUGCCAUGUUACACGCCUUCGGGGAUGGGCUGGAAAAAGCCAAAACUGGUCAGAAGAACAAGUUCGUAGUGAGGACGGCCAAUGCCGGAGCAGGCACACUGGCGGUCUUUAUCGAGGGCCCCUCUAGAUCUGCCUUGAGCUGCAAAGAGUUGGACGAAGGCUACGAGUUCAUCUACACACCUUUCUCUCCUGGGAACUACCUGAUCACGAUUAAAUACGGCAACAUCAGAAUCGCUGGCAGUCCCUUCCAGGCAGUUGCCACAGGAGUUGGACGAAAACCGUCACCAAUCACGGAGCAAUCCAGCAUGGUUGUGGAAACCGUGGAAAAGAAACCAGGCACAGGCAAGAAGGCCAUUCAUUUCACGGGAGAUGCCAGCAAAGUGGUUGCCAAGGGCAAUGGAUUGAAGAAAGCCUUCACCAACAGACUACUUAAUGUCACCAUAGACAUCAAAGAUGCAGGAAAUGCUUUGCUUAGCGUUGGAAUGAUGAGUCCCUCCGGCAAACCGGAACCUGAACUGAGUCUGAAGCAAACCUCCAAGACUGUGUACACACUAAGUUACAAGGUGGCCGAAAUUGGGGAACAUACUCUGUCCAUCAAAUUUGGAGAGGACGAUAUUCCCGGCUCGCCCUUCAUGCUGUCCACGUGAAUCCAUGUUCCAUUUGAUGUCAAUGAGGGGGCUGGAUUUCCUGACAUUUCAGCACACUUACUUGUGCAGAAAUGUUCAAAUUUACAAACUUUUUUUUUAAUGACGCCAGAUGUUUGCACCCCACCCCCAAUUCGCAAAUCUGAUGAUGUACAAUGUAUUUGUAUUAAUAUUUUUGCUUCUAUCGUGCAGUACUUUUUACCUUUAUGUUUUUCUAGUGAUGAUAGACCGUCCCGUAUAACUGUUGUAUCUCAUUCUGAUCCCAUUUUAUACAGAUUUUCACCAGACAUGCUCGACCUAUAAAUUAUUAUAAUUGGGAGUUUGUAAUUUAUUAUACUCUACCCUGUUUGAUAUUAAUAUAA